AGUAUAUCAAAUGCUACUUAGUGAUGUGCAUUUUGUCUUGCCUCUAAUUUCUAAAAAGAAAGAAAAAUUAUUUUUAAAAAUAUUAAAGUUAUUGAAAUGAUUAAAUUUCCUUUACUGAUAUUAGUGUUUGCAAUUAUUGGCUUCGAUCUGUCAUUUCAACUUCCUCAAUUAAGUGGCCGAAUUGUCGGUGGACAAGAUGCAAAAAUUAAAGAUGUACCAUAUCAACUUUCUCUAUGGUAUUCGAAUGACUUUAUAUGUGGUGCUUCAAUUAUUCACAUAAAAUGGUCUAUUACAGCUGCUCAUUGUCUUUCAAUAAAAGGUCUUAAUAAAAACUACUUAAGUGUUGGCGCUGGCAGUGAAUUUAAAAAGAAUGGAAACUGUUACAAAAUACUUACAGUUAUUAUUCAUUCAUCAUAUAAAACAACUUCAGCCGAUAAUGAUAUUGCAUUACUUGAGAUUCAGGGCGAAUUUAAAUUCGGUGAAUUCAUUAAUGCUGUAGAGCUUCCAGAGGCAACUUUUGAGCCCCCCUCUGGUUUAGAAGUGACAGUUUCCGGUUGGGGAUGCACAGAGGAGAAAAACUGCAAAAUUGCAGGCGGCGUAAAUGAUUCUGAAAGUUUGAAAAAAGUUUCAGUUACGAUUGUUAAUCAUAAGGAAUGUGAAACAAAUUAUAAACAAAAAAAGCGUCUUGUCACUAAAAAUAUGAUUUGUGCUGGUGAUUUGAAAUUUGGAGGCAAGGACGCAUGUAUCAAUGAUUCUGGUGGACCAAUGGUGGCAAAUAGAAAACUUUAUGGAAUUGUCUCCUGGGGUGAGGGUUGUGGUAAUAAAAAUUAUCCCGGAGUUUAUACUCACGUCGCAAAAUAUAUUAAGUGGAUUAAAAAGAAUGCUAAAAUUUAAUAUUCUUUAAAAAAUUCAUUCGUAUUCAGAAAAAUGCUUCAAACCUUUUCGUAGUUUUUCUCUAUUUUUAUUUAAAAAA